AUGCAAUACCUUUGUGGCUCACCAGUGGGUCCCAGCCCACAGCAGGCCAAUGAGGCGCUGCAUCACCAGCACCAGGUCGCCGGGAACAGCCUCUUGCCUUUGCUCAAUUCUGGGACGGAGCCACCUGAUCAGAAACCGGUGCUGCCCAUUCCCUUGGACCAGAAACCCCCCGUCAGCGCCGCAGAACUUCUUAAAGACAAUGUGGCCAGUGGGGUAGGGGGAGGCGGUGGGCCUCCUGUCGCCGUGGUCAAAAAGGAGCCUAAAUCAAAGACGCCCUUCAUCUGCGGCUACUGCAACAAGGCGUUCCGAGACAGCUACCACCUGCGGCGGCAUGAGUCCUGCCACACCGGCAUCAAGAUGGUCUCGCGGCCUAAGAAGACACAAACAGCCCCCACCAUGGUGCCGCUCAUAUCCACUGUACCGCGUGAGAAUAGUGCAAACCCCUCGUACAUCACGACUGUAGCUGGUAUCCUGACUACAGCCACCACGUCAACAUCCACGGGCACGAGUAUCAUGACUCCAAUGCAGCACCAACAGCAGCAGAGUCUCCCCAAGAAGCCCCCCAAGCCGGUGAAGAAGAACCACGGCUGCGACAUGUGUGGUAAAGCCUUCAGAGAUGUGUAUCACCUCAACCGCCACAAGCUGUCGCACUCUGACGAGAAGCCGUUUGAGUGUCCCAUCUGCCAGCAGAGGUUCAAGAGGAAGGACCGCAUGACGUACCACGUCCGCUCCCACGACGGCGGAGUUCACAAGCCUUACAUCUGUUCUGUCUGUGGAAAGGGCUUCUCCAGACCUGAUCACCUAAGCUGUCACGUCAAGCAUGUCCAUUCCUCAGAGAGGCCAUUCAAGUGCCAAGUAACGGCCUGCACCUCUGCCUUCGCUACCAAAGACCGUCUGCGCUCCCACAUGAUCAGGCACGAAGGCAAAGUGACCUGCAACAUCUGUGGCAAGAUGCUGAGCGCCGCCUACAUCACAAGUCACCUCAAGACGCACGGCCAGGCCAGCUUCAGCAACCCAUGUAACAACAAAGGCAUAAGUGACUGGCAGUGGAACCACUCAGGGCCACGAAAAGGUGAGUUGACGGUAGGAGAGAUUUUAAAUAACUCCUUCCAAGUCCUAAUUGACAACUCUCACAAAGAUGCCAACAGCGUGCACAACUCGGCCACCACGACGCCCGUCACCAACUCGGCAGCCGCCAUCACCUCAGCCGUGAACCGCGGUGGCAUCACCAGCAACCCCGUCACAAUCGCCGCUCAGAUGAACAUCGCCACCAGCACGGUCAACAUCACGUCGCCCGUCAACCUGCAGCACCCCGUCACCAUCACUGGCCCCGUCAACCUGGCCUCCGUCAACAUCCCCACGACGGCGCACAUGAAUAUCGCCCACCCGGUCGCCAUCACCACUCCCAUGCCCAUGAAUAUCACCGGGCCCCUCAACAUCGCUAUGAGGCCCAUGGAUAGCAUGCCUUUUCUAUCCCAAGUCCUGCCUUCCUCCCCCCCCUGGUAGAGCUGCUUCAGCCCACGUGACACUGAUGAUGUCGUAACUGCCCAAUAACAGACGAGCCGGUCAGAGCUGUGGAGUCCGAGUUACAUUUAAACUAACGUUAGGACUCAUUAAAGCUGCCAUUGGAUGAUCUAAAGGGGGGGGGGGUCUCUUCUCCAGAUGUGAUUGGCUUCCACUCUCAGCAGCUGGCUUUGAAGUAUAAACUCUGAGCUCAUCAAAUCUAUUCUAUGAAUCUAUGAAUUACCUGACUGGUGUCACAUGACCUCAUGGGAUCCAGUAAUUCUGUGUAAAUAACAAACGUUUUAUACCAAAGAUUUUCUAAGUGUUUCCCACUGAAUUCUAUAUUUUGAAAGAAACUGAAAACCUUUAAAGAACGUUUAGACCAUGAAGGACAAAAAAAUUCUUACAAAAUUAUUGAC